UACGCAAAUGCUGAGGAUUCAGCUUCAGCGGUAUCCUCAAUCCUGUGGGUUGCUUAUCCUGUCAUCUAUCAUUUCAUUUGCAUGGUCUCCUCACCUCACUUUCAUCUUCGAAGGCUCUCAUUCAAUUUGUUGACCUCCCUUGGCAUGUGAUCAUCAGCAUUACUGGGGGUCUCUUCUUUCACACCCGCUCUUCGAUCCUGUAUAUCUCUCCUGCGUCUUUAAUUUCGUCAACAAUCGCUCUCUUCUCUUCUCAUGCUCCGUGUUUGAGGACACUACUUUCGUUAAAGAGAGCCUCCCUACUCAUUCUUCAUCCAUACCUUCAACCUUGCAUGGCCAUCUUUUCUUCAAGUCUGACUUGACUACCAAGCGGUUUGAACCAUUUUCUUACAGGAAGGACAUCCAUUUGAAGAAACAAUGCCAUUCCCUCAACAUUACGUCGACUCUCGGCCGCGAUACUCUUGGGUACCAAAUAUAGGCUGGGUCCCUGCAAGACCUCAACCUCGUCGGCAUCACGACAUUUAUCGACCACGAUAUUCGCACGAAGCUGCUCUCAAUGGAAACACACGAGGGUCUGACCGUCAUCGAAAUAGGCCUCACCAGCCUCCAACCCCAGGGCGGGAAGAGCUAGAAACAGGGCCCACUACGAGAAAUCAGGAGCUCUCAUGCCAGACCACUCAAAUGGAGACUGCUGCAGCAUCUGUGCCAGUCAAUCCAGAAUCCGAAAGUGGAGAAGGUAGACCUUGCUCCCUUCUCGCAGACCAGCAGCUAGAGCCGAAUAUUGCUGAGACCACCCCCAAAAGAGAGGGAUCUAACAACACCAACCAAGAUGAAAGUGUGUCUAUCAGUGAGACAAGCACCCAAACAUCGCUCAUUCUUGAAGAAGGCUCACCAACCAGAGUUUCUGGUGAUACUGGCCAUGCCACUGGAGCCGUUGACUCCCAAUCGCAGUCGACACCUCCUCGAUCGCCGAGCCCACGUGCCCUGGCUGGCCGACCUGAACCUGUGUGUGUUUGUCCAAUUUCUGACAAGUGCGCUGCCAAAGAUGACGCACUAAUCGACUGUCGGCAUUUGGUAUUAGAAUGGAAGAAAUGGGAGACCCGCGCAAAAGAAAAGCCCCCUGUGCUACCUCUGGAUCGAGACCCAGCCAAUGAAGCAUUCGUUACACUAGAUGAAGCCAUUGUCAUAAUCAGACUUUUGGAUCAAGUUGAGAUCAGACCUAGGCUCCAGAUGAGUAUUCAAUAUGUUUUCGACAAGAUUCGAGACUGGAAUCGGAAAAUGUUGCACAAUUCCAUCUCCAAGGAAGUCCUAGAUGAAGGCGGCAUCAUGCAACGCUUGAAGGGCUUCCUUGGUGCGCAUAACGCGGCCAUGCGACAAGCGAAAAAGGUCCCUUUCGAUAUCAUCGAAGAUCUCACUUAUCUCCAUUGUAAAUGGGAUCGCGGCGACCUCAGUGUACUCCCUCGUAGAGGCCUGAUCCGUUCCGCGGGAGGUGGGCCCUCUGCAGUCGAUCCUAAAUGGCCCUACGCGCGAUCAGCCAAUUUCUAUGGUCAUGGCCAUCUCGUUAAUGGUCAGACUUGGAUCUCUCGAGCGGCCAUGGUGCGAGAUGGUGCUCAUUCGGCCCUACAAGCGGGCAUUUGCGGAACAGUAAAGGACGGAGCCCGCAGUAUUGUCAUGGGAUUCUAUAUCGAAACCACAAAGGAAGGUUACGCAGAUCGAGACUUUGGUGAAACAAUUGAGUACAUCGGAACUGCGCUGAAAAGAAAGAUUGAUGAUGUGGAACCCACCAACAUCAAAGACUUAUCCAAGCAUCGUUCAUCUCGCAAGACCAAAAACACUGCUGGUGAUGGUCCAACAAAUGCCACAGAGUGUCUAAUGACAAGUUAUCGAAAUGGAAAGCCAGUCAGAUUAUUCCGCUCGUGGAUGCUACCCAGAGUCAACUCCUUGAGGCCGCUGAAAGGCUUUCGCUACGAUGGUCUCUAUGAGGUCAAGAAGUAUGAGCUCCUCAAGAAGGAGAGGCAGAUCUACAAGUUUGUAAUGACCAGGAUGAGGGAGGGUCAAGGUCCGCUAAGGGAAGUUAUGCCUCCUUUUGAACCACCGCAGAAGAAGAAGCGGAAGGCAGGAGAUGAAUUGGGAGCUUCCUCAGGAUCUCGCCGAGGCCCUCGACAAAAACGCAAAUAAAUAGGCCGAGAAAAGCCAUCCUUAUGGGCGAAGGAGAGGAUGUUUCAUCGACGCGACAUUUUGAGUUGACUGGAGCUGGCAUCUUGUUCUGAGAAAGCACGAAGAGAAGGUGAAGACAGAUGCUGUUGUCGGAAGCUGAAACCAGGGACGUUUUAGAGCUAUCAAAGACGAGGGAAGGGGUAAACGACACCGAGCAAACGAAACACGUGAUGAGCAGUGCUAGGUCGAACAAUGUCGUUGAAGAAAUCAGAGCUGGUGACUUUUGGUAGAGCGCUGAGCGGAUGGAAUAUGCGAUGCAAGGUUUUCGAGCAGUGGC